CUUUAUUAGCAUUGGUAUACCAAUGACAGAAAAUCAGCUGUCACCGUAUAGGUACCUAUUUAAUAGUUUUGGAAUGUCACGUAGAACAUUUUGUUGAUAAAAGGUUUCCUCAUAUUAAUUGGAAACUGAAAUGCUAUAAAUGUGUGAAUAAACAAUUAAAAUCCUAAAUGAUGGGUAACGAGAGUUCACAGUUAAGUGGUUUAGAAAUUGAAGAGAAGGCUAUAGAGGUAACCGAUUUUUGGUGCCACUAUCAGGCUACAAUUAAUGAUAGCUGCAGAUAUUUUAGCCUGAAAGGGGAUGGAUCAGUUUCAGUUUUCAAGGGAGAAGCAGCAGUUGGCCCUCUUUGGUCGAUAUCAACGCCACUGGAAAAGUUUUCAAAUAAUCUCCUGAAGUACCGACACCCGUGCAUUGUUCGAUAUAUCUCAGCUUGGCAACAGCGUUCUACACUACACUUAGCUACAGAGUAUGUGCAGCCAUUGUCACAUAUCCUUCCAUCCUUAACACCUCUCCAAAUAUGCAUAGGACUCAACAAUAUCUUAAGAGCCUUGGUAUUUAUUCAUGAACAGGCUGGUAUGUCUCACAACAAUGUGAGUGUGUCAGCAAUAUAUGUCACUGGAGAUGGACAGUGGAAGCUGGGAGGACUACAAUAUCUAUGCCCCUUUACUGAACUAACAGCAGCUUAUCUGAGACAUGCAAGGAUACACAGGUAUGACAAAGCUGUUGAUCCUAAUGAAGAUUCAUAUGAGAUUACUACAAAAGUGGACCAAUAUGCAUUUGCAGUAUUAGUUGAUGAUGUUUUCAAAGAUUGUAAAGACGAUGAAGUACCACAUUUAAAAGAAUUCAAAAAAUACUGCAAAGAUUGCUUGCAACAUCAAAAUCCUGCCAAAAGGCCCAAUUUGUCGGAACUGUUACACCAUAAUUUUUUCAAUCACGAAUUUAUAUCUAUUUACAAAUUUCUCAAUUUUCUUCCAUUGAAAUCAGAAGAAGAAAGGUGCCAGUUUUUUGCAAAUAUUUUAAAUAAUUUGAAAUGUUAUGAUGAAGAAACCGUGGCUAAGCAAUUAGGAGGUCUUUUACUAUCCAGGCUCACAAUGUUGGACCAAACUGCCAGAAAAGAUGUCAUUCCUUUUAUUCUUAAACCCAAAAAUGACCGUAUUACUAAUGGUGAAAUACCAGGCUUUUUUAGUCUCAGUGUGUUCAAAGAACAUAUCAAACCCAGACUAAUGCAGUUAUUUGGAGUGAGAGAUAGUCAAAUAAGGAUGUUACUUUUGAGACAUUUUUCAAAGUUUGUGCAUGUCUUCUCACAUGAAGAACUUUCUCAACAUAUUCUUCCUGAGUUGCUCUUGGGAAUAAAGGACACUGACGACAGUUUAGUAUCAGCAACACUUAUAUGUUUAAGUGAAUUGGUACCUAUAUUAGGAGCUGACACUGUCAUAGGCGGAAAAAGAUCUAAAUUUUUCACAGAUGGUAGACCUAAUUCAAAGCCCAAAUCUCAACUGCCUGGAGCCAUACCAUUGACGGAAAAUAGUGUUUAUUUAACCAAAUCUUUGCGAGACUUACCUUGUUCUGAAGAAAUUUAUGAAAAUGAUGAUAGAAAUGAACUAAUUUCAUUUGAUAAGACUUUAACAUUAAAUGAAAGGCCUUCACCUGUUGGUGGAGAAUCCUUAGAUGAUGAGAUUAUAUCAACAGAAUUUCUUACCAAACAGAAAGCAGAUAGUGAAGAUGACUGGAGUGACUGGGAUAAUCGUCAAUUAACAACAAAACCAGAUUCUCCAAAUAUUGAAGAAAAUAAUAAAAAUGGACAGCUAGUCAACAUUGAAAAUGUGGAUGAAAAAGUUUCUUCAAACUCAAACAUAAACUCGAAAACUGUAUCUGAAUCAAGAACUACUUUACUGCAAAAAGCUGCAAUGCAGGCAAAAAAGAAUAUCGUAGAUAUUUCUGAAUUAGACAUAAAAAAUCAGAAAUUCGAUUAUUCGAAAAAGAGUUCAGAUGAGUUUGACUUUUUUGCUGAUAUGGCCCCUGUAAUUGAAAAACCGUCUGUUGUUAAUAUUGCUCAAAAUUCUGAAAACGUAAGCAGCAAAUUAAACUUUGUCCCAGAUGAAAACAUCGAUGAGAAUGAAGGCUGGGGCGAGAGUUGGAAUGAUUAGUAGCUAAUUGAGAUUACAGAAUUGCAUAGGAUUUAAAAGGUAUUUUGUUAUACAAGAAACUUACAAACACUUUUAUGUUUUAUGUAUAAGAUAUUAUGUACAUACUUUGUGAAUCAAAUAUUUAUGUAUAUUUCAUUAGAAAUCUGUAUUGUGUUUUAAACUGAUUAACUCGGAAGUAAAUUUGUAAGUCAUUAUCAUACCAUUUUUGUGCUCAUUUUAGGUAUGUCGCCAUCAUACAGUAAUUAAUUAUGAAGCUCCGUUACACAAAAACCCGUUUACAUUCCUGACUUAUUGGUCCGAUUUUUGUAUUUUCAUAUUAAAAAAAGAAUAUUAGCUCAGUUAUUUUUUAAUUGAAAUAUUAGGAGUUUUGUGCAUUUCUUAAUAGAAAAGUUAUAGGUACUUACCGUCUUGACUCGAAGUAUGUUAUUCUAAUAACAAAUUGUGUUCCUUUAGAUAUGUGAAAAACAUAUAGAUAAAUAGUAAAAUGCUGUAUAUAUAGUAUGUGCAAUUUAUUUCUUCUUUCUCUCUCUCCGCACAAGAAUUAUUAGAUCACAAUCUUAUAGCAAACAUUCAGGUUAAUUCAUUUUCAUACAUUACGAACUUUAUUGCUUGUGACCAAUUAGUGAUUCAUGUAAAAUAACGAGAUUUGCAUAAUUUAUGUGCACUGUGUAUCAAAAUGUAUGAAAGAUGAAAACAAAAUAAUUACUAUAUCGCGACGCAAGUAAUAACGACGGAAAUUAUCAAGUUGAAUUAAUUUAAAGUAAUGUAAAUAUCGAUCUUUAUUCAAAGAUUUUGGAUCUACAUUUCUUAUCAAUUUCAUAUGUAAACCUGAUGUUAAAGGCUUUUACACUAAAAUAUGUAGUUGCUUUUAAUUAUAAAAUUGAAUCUAAUUUUUAAGACGUCUCUACAAGGAGCCUUGCAAUAAUCAUUUCUUUGGACUAAAAAACACAUCACAUAAAAUUAAAAAGUGUCUACAGUUGGCUCUGUCUAUCCUUAGAUUCAUUAUAGUAAACAAAAAGCAGGUGGUUCAAAGAAAUGCUUCAAGUACUUGACAAAUGAUUGAUGAUGAUGAUGAUGACAGAAGAUUAAAUGUUAUUUAACAAUCUCACAACCUGGCCAUAGGCGUCGAUUCUCCUUGUUUUUUGUAACUAAUUUGAAUCGCUUAUGUAAACUUCAAACAGAAACAGAAAAUAUUAACAGUUCAUUAGUCCAUAUUUUUUGUGUCACCAGUACAUAAACAUAGGUAAGUUGUUUGCAAAAGAGAAUCGGCGUUUUGUACAUCUAACAAGCAUGGCCCAAAAACAAUUAAUUACACUGCAUUCUUAAAUGCAGCUUGCGGCUUAGCCAAAUAAAUAUUUAUAUAAGAUUCUAUAAACUUGUUUUAUUUAAAUAACAUCUAGGAUUAAAUUUAGGCAAAUUGUGUCUAGAUCAUAUUUUGUAUCUUAACUACUGAUUGGUGUAGCACAAUAGUAAAAUAAGCACCACAUAUAUUGCGACAUGUCUAAUACAAUAAAAUUAUACAAGUAGUUAUGACUUCUAUUUAAUCUAUAAAGGGUGUAUCACUGACUUACGAAAAUCAUAUUCUUUAUUUGCUUGAUUACUACUAAUGAGUAUCCUAUACAACAAAAACAAUUGAGUUACUUACAAUAUAAAAUACUUGAACAUUCUAAUAACCAUAAAGGAAGAACAAACAUUUUGAUAUAAUAUCAGUCAACAAAAUGGUAAGUAGGUAAAACUUAUAAAUAAAAACAUUAUUAUAGGACUAGAAAUAGGAAAUAAUCCUCUUAAUACUAAAUUUAAACAAAAAUGACUAGACGGAGGCUUGUAAAAGGAACAACACAGUCAUAUUACCUAUAUUAUGGCUUCUUGGAGCAAAUUUAAUAAUAGCCAUAAAGUGAAUGAUUGGCACUUGUAUUCAAGUAUCUCCACAUGUUCACAUAUUUAUGAGUAAUAUACAACAUUUAUUGUGGACAUGU